AUUACAGGCCACUUCAGUAUGCAAAUAAGAACUUUGGACUUUUAUUUUUUUAACCCAAAUAAAUAGACACACAGGGAUUCCAUAUGCAAACUCUCACCCAGACUGAACAUGCCCUCAGUCCUUCUCCUCUGCUGGGCUGUACUCACACUCCAUACUACAGCCACAUGUUACCAUCUGCAGUGGACAUCCUUACCCUCGGGUGCCGAUCCAGCGGACCCAGAAACACACCAAUGGCUUGAAGAAAAAAACUAUUUCAUCAGGAAAAAAGGCAAUAAAAUAGCUCAAAAACCUGUUCGUCGAGGUUCGGAAGGCAACUUCAACUACAGGAAUGACCAGUAUAAAAGCUGUUUCUCAGUCCUAAACAUCGUUAAGAAAAGUUCUGCUUUCUUAUGCUUGGACUCCAAAGGAAAGUUAUACACCUCAGUAUUUGACAGCAACGAGGUCUGCCGGUUUCGCCGUGUCAAAAGAUAUAAACACUACGACGUGUUUCACUCCUGCAAGGGUGACGUGCUAUUGGUCAACCAUCGACAACUCAAAAUAUACACUCAUAAUUUACCAAAGUUGUCUGACUUUGUCUUCCUAAAGCGACACAAAAAUCGAACGCACCAUAGGAAGAGACGCAGUUGGCACACUGAUCCGUCAGACCCUUUAGGAUCCGAGUAUCCAUAUUUAAGCACAGUGAGAAACUGGAGAAGUGACCCGGAGCAUGGCGGUAACGUAUCGAAGGAGACCAUUACUUCAGUAGAUGAUCCUUUAGAGGUGUUGCUGUCACAUAGUGCACAAACUCCUACUCUGGAAAAACACAGGGAAAACAGAAAAGUGAGAUUCUGAGUGGAAUAUCGCCAUCUUUCAUUACCUGCAUUAGAUUGCAUUUCACUAUUUAAUGAAUCCAUUGUGGGUUGUACCACAGUGUACACUCAUUCCUUUUAUACCAUUAUGAUCUUGAAUUUUUUUAUUCUGAUUGGUCAGAAGGUGUUGAUUAAUAUUCAAUAACAGCAGCUAGUUCAGCAGUUCCGACUGCAAAACAAAUCACAGGUUUAUGUUAAUGCACUCGUUCUAAUACAUUAUCAUUUCUAUAAUAACAGCUUACACAGGGACUGGCGUGGUGAUAUAAAAUAAAAACACAUAUGUAAUCAUUGAUAUGGUGAAGAUUUUUGUAAGGAGAGUUUUAUUUAGCAUUUAUGGAAGGAGUCUUCAGUGUCAGCCCUUUGUAACGUUAGGCUGUAUGUUUAAGUUUUCUCACAUGGGAAAGUCUUUAGGGUGGAGGGUUUUGUGGUUUCUCACAUGACGAGCGCAAAAGAGAGGCUGGUGAGAAAAUAACUAUUUAUAUCAGCUAUAACAAAAGUGAUAACUUGUUUUGCAGACAUUCAACAACACUAAAUAUAACUAGAAUUGGAUAAGACGUGCAACAAGUUCUUUAGUAAAUAAAAAAGUGUUAAUACCAGUACAUUGUUGUGGUAUGAGGGUUAAAAAACUUUAAGACAUGAUGUCAUAGGACAAUAAUCAACUUCAGGGUGGUACCACUAGCUCAGCUUUGUGUCAGGCUGCAUCACACUACCCGGUCAUUGAUUAUAUUCCCAUAACAGUGUUUUAUUUCUGCAUCUGCUGUACACUGCAGCCUCUUUGAUGUGGCAUGUGACAAGCCACUUUCCCUGAGUAGGUCAGCAUCUGCCCUUUCACCCAAUUUAAUAAGUUAACAGUUAAACAGCAUCUGUGUUUCAUGUUAUUAGAGUGGAGUUCAUUUAUGACACUUCAAGAGCAAUGGUCAUGGGUUACAUCACUGAAAGUGGAAAUUGAUUUUUCUGAGAAUUAUAGAUAUGGUUUGUACACAAUUACCUAUGGAUUUUUGUUUCAAAAUGAAUAUUUUUAAACUUAUGUGAGAUGUUUAUAGUUCAAUAUUAAUUGUUUUCAAACAAUGACUAAUAUCUUCAUAAUAUUAUAAAUUGGUCAAAUGGUGCUGGACACUUCUAUGUACUUAUUUAUUUGUGUUUAUAUAUGAUAUUUUAUACUUAAGCGUAAUAUCUUAUCAAGUCAUACAAUUUACAGUAUGUCUAUCUGCUUUUAAUAUAUGCAUUUGACUUUUUUAUUGGACUACUUUGUUUUCUUAGAAUGACAUUCUGUUAAAUAUAUUUUUAUUUGUACACUACAAACUAUAAUGAUGAUUGUAUUUAUACAAACCUAAUAAAAAAAACUCACCUUUUACUUUUUCUGCAUAGUAUUGAUACACAUAAUUCAAGUUUAUGCUGAUAAAAAACCAGGUCACUUAAUCAGCACCCAUGUUGUUGAAGCCAGAUAUUAAAAACAAACAAACAAACAAACAAACAAACAAGCAAGACAUACUCAUUGGAAUCUAAAUGUGGUACAGAACUGAUAAAGCUGAUAAUAUGAGGACUUUCUGAUCAGAGAACUGGCAUUCCGCCUAAACAAACAAAGCAGUGUACUUUUCAGCAUCGGGUACAAUCAUGUGAAAGAAACUUGAUCUCGGUAUGUGCAUGUAGAUGUUUAGCAAAUGUUUAGCAAAAAAAAAGUAACUGAUUUAAAAGCAUUAUUGCCUACUCAUAGUGUGAAUCAUGAAC